ACUAAAUCCACACCUGUUGAAGUUUUCGCUACUCAAGAAGCUUCCCUGGAAGGGCCCAUCCAACAUGCACGCACGCACGCUUAUGUGCAUCAACGCCAGCUCCUCCUCUACUAUAUAUACAAAUCCCAAUCCACAAUCCCUGCAAUCUCUCCAUGCCAAUUGAUUUGGUUCCAUCUCAAUCGCUUAAUUUCAUGGAAAUGUACUCGCAAUCUGAUCGCCACGACGACCUCGCCUUGAUCGAGCUCGCCCGGCGCCACCUGCUCGACGAUGCUGAUGGCAAUCACCAGGUGGCGGCCGCUGCGGGGGCAGCGGCGCGGUCGCGGGGGAGGAGGAAGCGGCGGAACAACUACCGCGGGGUGAGGCAGCGGCCGUGGGGGAAGUUUGCAGCGGAGAUACGCGAUCCGGGGAGGAACGGCACUCGGGUGUGGCUGGGAACGUACGCGACGGCGGAGGAGGCAGCGCUGGCGUACGACCGCGCCGCCUUCCGCAUCCGCGGGGCACGCGCGGUGCUCAACUUCCCGCUGCGGAUCUGCGACUCUGCGCCGUCCUCGGGCGAGGCGCCGGCGGCGGAGAGUCCGCCUCGGCAGCCGGCGGAGACGAUGAUUCAUGUGGCAGGGGAGGCGGGCAAUGGCCAGGAAUUGUAGGAAAUUGUUAAUGAAAGGCAAUUAUUUGUAUUUUUUUUUAAAGGAUAAUUGUUGACACAGGUCUUAACCUUGCCUGGUUGAUUAAUGAAAUUCAAGUAAUUUGUGUAAAGUGAAUGUUAAUGUGUUAAUAAUUAGUUGUCAAACAUAAUCCCAA